GGCUCCUCCCCUUCAGUCUUGCACAGGUGUACCGGCUCCUCCCCUUCAGUCUUGCACAGGUGUGCCGGCUCCUCCCCUUCAGUCUUGCACAGGUGUACCGGCUCCUCCCCUCCAGUCUUGCACAGGUGUACCGGCUCCUCCCCUCCAGUCUUGCACAGGUGUACCGGCUCCUCCCCUUCAGUCUUGCACAGGUGUACCGGCUCCUCCCCUCCAGUCCUGCACAGGUGUACCGGCUCCUCCCCUCCAGUCUUGCACAGGUGUACCGGCUCCUCCCCUCCAGUCUUGCACAGGUGUACCGGCUCCUCCCCUUCCAUCUUGCACAGGUGUACCGGCUCCUCCCCUUCAGUCUUGCACAGGUGUACCGGCUCCUCCCCUCCAGUCUUGCACAGGUGUGUACCGGCUCCUCCCCUCCAGUCUUGCACAGGUGUA